CUUCCAAACUUGAAUCGGUUCGGAUCGCUUUGGUCCCGAAGCAGUGACGCCUAGCGAGAUGGCGUUAAUGAGUAUUCUAUUAGCUGCCCUGGUGGCUGGCGUUGUGGGGCUAAUUUUAUUCAUGCGAGGACGUCACCGAUUCUGGUCGGACCGAAACUUCCCUUGCGCCCCGGAUGCGCAGCUGCUGCUGGGUCAUAUGCAGGCGCGAAAAAUUCACCAAUCGUACCAGAAUAAGGAACUGUACGACCGAUUUAAGGAACGUGGUCUACAGUAUGGUGGAUAUAGCUUCUUCCUGGUGCCGGCCGUGAUGCUCGUUGAUCCGGAACUGGUCAAAACGGUGCUGGUGCGUGAUUUCAGUGUCUUUCACGAUCGGGGCAUUUACUGCAAUCCGGAAGCGGAUCCUCUUUCGGGACAUCUGUUCCUACUGGAAGGACAACCGUGGCGUACCUUGCGCCAAAAGUUGACCCCAACAUUCACCUCCGGCCGGAUGAAGAGCAUGUUCGGCACCAUCAUGGAAGUUGCCGAAGAGUUCCGACUGCACAUGGUGGAGAACUAUAAUGCCAAACCGGAAAUGGAAAUGAAGAAUGUACUGAUACGGUUCACAACCGACGUUAUCGGGACCUGUGCUUUCGGGCUGCAGUGCAAUACGCUGAAGAAUCCGAAUUCCGAGUUUCUGAAAAACGGCGAACGUAUUUUCGUACAGAAGCCGAUGGAUUUGCUCAAAUUCGUGUUUGCUUCGGUUUUCAAAGAAUUUUCCAAAUCGAUAAACCUCAAACUGACAGAACCGGACGUAGAAAAAUUCUUCUUGUCACUGACUCGCGAUACCGUUGAGUAUCGAGAGAAGAACAAUGUAGAACGCAAUGAUUUCUUGAAUCUGCUGUUGCAACUCAAGAAUCGAGGCUAUCUUACCGAUAAUCCGGAAGAUUCCGUCAAAGAAACGGUCAAACUUACCAUGAACGAAGUCGCAGCGCAGAGUUUUGUGUUCUUCAUUGCGGGAUUUGAAACGUCCUCGACAACCAUGAACUUCUGUCUUUACGAGCUGGCGAUGAAUCAGGAAAUUCAGGAUCGUUUGAGAGUAGAAAUCAACAAAGCUGUAGACGCCAAUGGAGGGGAAAUAACAUACGAAUUGGUUAUGGGCCUUCAAUAUCUGGACAACGUUAUCAAUGAAACACUCCGCAAAUACCCCCCGAUCGAAAGUUUGAAUCGGGUACCGAUCAGAGAUUACCAGAUACCCGACACGAACCACACCAUCCCGAGCCAAACGAUGAUCACCAUACCGGUUUACGCCAUUCAUCACGAUCCGGAGCACUACCCCAACCCGAAAAAGUUCGAUCCGGAUCGAUUCCUGCCGGAAAACGUCCAAUCGCGGCACCAGUACACAUUCCUGCCCUUCGGCGAAGGACCCCGGGUGUGCAUCGGGUUACGGUUCGGGCUGAUGCAAACCAAGAUCGGGCUGAUCACGUUGCUGCGGAGCUUCCGAUUCCGCCCAUCGCCCCUCACUCCCGAUCCGAUUGUGUUCGAGAAGAACACCUUCGUGCUGGCACCGGAGGGUGGCAAUUAUCUGCACAUUGAUAAGAUAUAAGAAAAGUAAUCCUCGCUGUGAUAAGAUACUUGAUAAAUGUUUGGCAAAGCCAAACGAAUUUGAACGGCGCAACGAGACGCAAACGAAACGAAACAAAAAGUUCUGGAGUUAUGUACAUCAUCUCUGCGGCACCGAAAUAACAACAUCAUCGUUUGAGCAAAUUUUGGCUAGCGUAAAGAAAGAGUGUGAAAAAAGAUUCUGAUCCAUUGAAUGGCGAUUCAAGCCAAAAAAAAAAGUGACCUUUUCGACCGAUGCGUAAAUUGAAAUAAAACAAAUUAUGGAGGGAACCCACACACGC